AUGGCGAAGAAAGUAACACUCUACGUGGACAUUGUCAGUCCAUUUGCGUACAUCGCAUACCACAUAACCAGGACCUCACCAGUCUUCAAAGACAUCGAACUAACCUACAUCCCCAUCUUUCUCGCCGGCAUCAUGCAACAAGCCGGCAACACCCCACCCUUCAAAAUCAAGAACAAAGACACCUGGAUCAACGUCGAGCGCCAACGCUGGACGAAACUGUUCAACGUCCCCUCCAUCGGGAUGCCCAGUCCCUUCCCUCAAUCCACCGUCACCGCCCAGCGCGCUCUGUGCUACAUCGAGUCCGUCCAUCCAGACAAGCUGGUCGCUUCCAUUGACGCUCUGUACGCUGCGUUCUGGGCUCAGGGCAAGCCGAUUGGUAAGAACGAGACGGUGAUUGAAGCAUUAAGUGGUGUAUUCGGGGAGCAAGAGGCGAAGAAGAUUGUAGAGGUGGAGAUCAAGAAGGAUGAGACCAAGAAGAAGAUGAAUGCGAAUACACAGCUGGCUUGGGAGGCGGGAGCAUUUGGGCUGCCGUGGUUUGUGGCGACGAACGAGAAGGGCGAGAAGGAGGGUUUCUGGGGGGUGGAUCAUUUGGGACAGAUGCUGAACUUUUUGGAGGUGAAGCGCGUGCAAGAAGGUGGGUGGAAGGGCAUGUUGUGA